CUCUUUACAGAGUACAGACAUCAGUUUACAACACCACCUCAAAAAAGUUACAAAUUGACGCUGAUGGUAGCUCUCUAGCUCUAACCGAGCGGAGAAAAUCCUAACCAAAUUACAAGCAAAUUGCUUUGAUUUCGCGUCGCCGAUUCCGAGUUUCUGGUACUACUUGUUGUUCGAUUUUUUUAUUUAAACUUCAUUCAUCAUUAAUGCGGUUUCUUCAAUCAACUAUGGAAAUGUAGACUUGGUUUUUAGUGUAGACAACUCCUCCGAUUGUUGCAAAGAAGUCAAAUUGUGAAUUCCUACCCAAGGAAUUUUAGGUUAUGUGUAGAAAUUUAUAUGGUGAAAUUUUCAUGUUCUUUCCUUUGUAGACCAUUUUCUUUUAAGCAGCUUGGAAGGUCUAAAUGAAUCGAGCACGAAAUAUCAUUGUGGCUGCCAGCUUACUGGCUUUUGCUGGUGCAGGCUUGGCAUUUCCCUUUUACAUGGCGUCAUCAAGGAAAGGGCCUGUGAUUGACUCAUCAAAGCCACUGCCACCACAGGCAACUUUUCGAGGGCCUUACAUAAACACUGGUUCGCGUGACAUUGGACCAGAUCGCCAAACUUAUCCAAAGAAAUGAUUCAUCAUAUGAAAGAUAUGUUCUGGAUUGAAAUAACCUUUGUGUUUGGUCUCAUAUACUCAAGGAUAUAUAUAUAUAUAUCUUGGAGGCUGGAACAAGAAAUCUGAUUGAUUAUCAUUGUCUAGCUGAGCAAUAGAUAGGGAAUGAUUCAUGGUCAGCAGUAUUUUAGAAUUUGGAAUUGACAGUAUAAAAUUUCUUUGUAAAAGAACUUUAAGGUGAGAAUAUAUGACUUUAAUUGUUAUA